AUGCAAGAAAUGAACGAGGACGAAGACGCUUGGUCAUAUUGCUUUCCACCCUCAAUGGAAUCACUUCCACUAGCCAAAAUAGAACUGCUUGGCGACCCAGCACCAAUCAAUAAACGACUUUCCAUACCACUACAGAAGGCUCCGUUGAAUCCGCUUACAACAAAGGAGGAUGCCAAUUCCCAAAUAUCAAAAGACUCUACGGACAAUGAGAAUGAGAGCCCCAAACUACUACUAAGGAAUCUCAAGGAGUAUGAAAUCAACGAAAAGUCGCCAAAGAUUAUAACGUAUCGCAAGUCCAAGAGAACGAUAAGUGAUGGCACAUUCGAUUCCGCAUCAGAGUUGAAUACAAUUGCUAAAUCAUCUUCACCGGCACCGGCACCAGCGCCAGCAUCACCAGCAUCACCACCUGCUAGGAAAUAUGACAAUAAAUUAUAUGUCGAUGAGUUCUAUAAAGAUUCCCAAUAUAGAUAUGCCAUAAUGAAGAGAAAUAUCGAGUUUCACCAGUUAUUCAAGUCACUAGACUUGACGGAUCGACUACUUGAUGAUUUUGCUUGCGCGCUAAGUAGAGAGAUUCUUCUUCAAGGUAGGUGCUACAUUAGUGAGAGCUAUCUUUGCUUUAAUUCAAGUCUACUUGGAUGGGUUACGAAUUUGGUGAUCAAGUUUGAGAACAUUACCAAAAUUGAAAAACGUUCAACAGCGGGGUUGUUCCCCAAUGGUAUUGAAGUGCAUACUGAUGAAGGUAGUGUUCACACAUUUGCAACUUUUCUCUCGCGAGAUCAGACUUAUGAUUUAAUGUUGACCGUGUGGAGCAAUUAUGCAGCACUGAUAAAAGAACCAGUAGAGGAAACAAAAAUCGAGUCCUAUCUCAUGUCUUUGGACGGAGAUGAUAGAGUUGAACGCGACGAAAGUGGAAAUGAAAACCUGGACGAAAGCGACGGUAGCGACGAAUCUGAUGAUGAGCCCCGCUACACCAAUCGUGGCCCCAACCAGCAUCUGCCUACUGAGCCGAAAUAUGAUAAAAUCCCACAAGAAACCGUACUUGCAGAAGCCACCAUUGACGCACCACUUGGUCUUGUUUAUGCUGUUCUAUUUGAUCAAAAAUUUACAACUGCAUUUAUUGAAUCACACGAUGGGUCCGAGCUAUCACCGAUUCCCGACUUCCAUCCAUCACCUACAGACCCUACUCGAAUACAGCGUGAUUAUACUUACCAGCGUGCUUUAAAUUAUGCGAUUGGUCCUAAAUCGACACGGUGCGAGGUCACAGAAACCAUUGAGCAUAUGAACUUUGCCGAUUAUGUCAUAGUUACUACAACUACAAAGACUCCCGAUGUUCCACUGGGUGGCGCGUUUGCAGUCAAAACAAGGUAUGUUUUUUCAUGGGGUAUAAAUAAUACUACAAACGUAUUGGUCAGCCAAUACAUCGACUGGCUGGGUAAAUCAUGGAUGAAAUCAGUUAUUGAGAAACUGUCACUCAGUGGAUCUACCGUGGUAGUUAAUCAGUUGAUUGAAGAGGUCAAAGCAGAAGUGGCAAAACACAAAGAGUCGAGUCAAGUUGCUUAUACGUCAGAUCUGGCAAGAACAGCAGUCGAAGAAGAAGAAAAAGAAGAAGCUGAAGAAGAGAAAGAUAAAGAAGAAAGAUUAAGAAAAAGAAACGAUGAGAAAGCUGCAAUGGUUGCCCAAGUAGCCGACGCCGUGAGUAGACUGCCGAUGGAAUCGAAAACAAUCUUGUAUACAUUUCUUGCUGGUAUCACUGUACUUCAGGUGGCAAUUUUUUACAAAUUGUGGAUUUUGACUCUGGCGAUUCAAGAAUUAAGUGGCAAAGCGGUAUGA